AAAAAAAAAUUUUAGAACUUGCUUCUUUUUCCAAUACCCAUCACCGCCCCAUUCCUCCAUCAAGUAGAAACCUUCCAACCACAAACCAACAGACCUCCAUACAGCCCCCAAAAGAUCGCGCCACACCAGCCAGUGCCACCACUCUCAACAAAACUCAGCCACCUCCUCCAACCAACGAACGAACCCAACCUCCAUCCAUAGCCACCAUUCAAAUCACCGAGCCACCCAUCUCACCAUCCUCCUUCCAUCUCAAGCUCACAGCCCACCCAUUUAAUUUUUUUUUAUUUCCUCCUCCAUCUCACAGCCACAGACCCAAAACCAUCGCACAGCCCCACCUCACCACCUCACCAUCAAGCCAUCAAACCCUCACCCACCACCACCACCACCGAGCUACCUCAUCAUCUCCACGGACCACCUACAGCCCACCACCUCAUCCUCUGCCAUCAUGUUCGGUUGCUCAAUUAUAUUCCUCUUCUCCUCGGUCCUCAUCAAUUGAGUUCCCCAUUAUGGGUUUGAUUUUUGCAUCUCAAUUUCUGCAUAUUUCGGUUACAUGGGCAAGAUUAAGGGUACCACUACAAAGCACAAGAGGCCAAAGGUUGCUGUAGAUAGAGAGCUGCAACCAAUCAGUAAUAUCUCCAAGAACAAAAGGCCAAGAGAAACAGCUUCCAAGGAGACACAACCUGCCAAUAAAGCCUCACAGAAUAAGAAAAGUAGAGCCACUACAACUAGAGAGGCACAACCCACCUUUGAUAAGGAUAGGUUCUUAUCCAUAGAGUGUCAAGAGAGGUUUCACACUUGGUUUCUUCCCAAAUCUCUCAUCAAGGAGAGAAAGAUUGACCUUGAUCAGCCAGAACAAUCACCAAUAUUAGAAGUGAUCAAAAGAAGGAAGUGGGAGCAACUAGUCACCUUUUCAUCUGUCAGCUACAGCUCUAUUUUGAAAGAAUUUUGUUCUAAUUAUCAACAAGAAAGAUUGACCUUGAGAAACGAUAAUUAUGAUUAUGUUUAG